AUGUCUCUUGAAGAGAAUAUAUUGAAGAGAGUAACGAAAGAGGAGUGGGCUGAAGAAACAUUUCCACCUCACUGUGCUGGACUAGUCUAUUUUGCAUCGCUUUCACUAAUCAGACGAUUGCUGAGUGCUGCUUAUUCUCAACGUUUCUUCUGGAUUGACGACAUCUUCAUCACUGGAGUGCUCGCCAAAGCAGCUAAU